AGCAAUUUGAAUCAACCUUUCCAUUCCUUCCCAGCAUACCUCAAUUAGAUGUCCGAGAUAGUGUACUGUAGAAAUAAUAAGGAGUGUAUUUGAUUGGUAAAUUAAAGCGCUACUCGGGAAGAAGAUACAAUAUUUUCCAUAGUAUAUUCAAACAUUGAUAACGAAGAUAAGACCAUAAAAAUAGCCUGGCCAACACUGCUCUAUCAGUUCAUCUAACCGACUGUCGGUGAUCGGAUCUUGAAUUCUACCCGUGGUGCAAUAGAAAGCUAAGCGAAUCAAAAUGGCAUCGAUAGAGCUGGAAAAUGUUUCGCCAAUGUUCAACGAAGCAAUGCUGAACGAUAUCAUCCGCGAUUACGGAGGUCAUAAUUUUACAUCGUGGCAUUUCGAGGACAGUGACUUCGGUAAGGGCGACUCGUAUCUCAGCGAGGUGUACCGACUGCGCGUGGUGGAUGAUACCACCCGUAAAGCCGAUGGUGAUAAACCGCUCGAGGUUAAACUGGUCGUCAAGACCAUUCCGAAAAAUGUUGGCAGAAGGUUAACAUUCCGGUCAGCAGACUUUUUUCGUAACGAAAUCAACUUCUACAAUAUCGUGAUGAGUGAGUUCAACAAGUUUCAACAGGAGAAGCGACCAGCAAAUCCAUUCAUCGAGAGUAGCAAAUGUUUAGCAGCGUACACCGACGGGGUUAAUGAUUUCGUAGCAAUGGAAGAUCUUAAUCAAUUUGGCUAUGGAUCUGCAAGCAGACUAAAAGGCGUGAACCUUCCAGAGUGCAUUUUAUGCAUGCAAACCCUAGGGCGCUUCCAUGCACUCUCACUUGCGAUGAAAGAUCAACAACCAGACAAAUUUCAUUUCCUAGUGAAAAAUGUCGAAGACACGUACUAUGCUCGCGUACACAAAACAUGGUACGAAAAUUUCCAAAAAGUACAAAUUAGCAUUGCCAAAGAUGCCGUCGGUCAGGUGUACGGAGGAACGGAGUUGGAGCAGAAAGUGCACAAAUUUUUCAACUGCGAUUUCUAUGACAAAAUGGUUUAUUGGACGCAUACACGUAAUCAAAAUUCGGUGAUCAACCAUGGAGACUGCUGGAUGCCUAAUUUUUUAUUCCGCUAUGAUGAUAACGGAGCCCCAACAUCCACCAAAAUGCUAGAUUAUCAGCUUGCACGUUAUUCGUCGCCAGCACUGGACAUUUCUUUCUUCGUGUAUUCCUGUACCAGUCAAGCGCUUCGCGAGGCUCACUACGAAGAUUUGCUGAAUGCAUACCAUCAAAGUUUAUCCGAUAUGCUUCGUGAUUUGGGAUCAAACCCGGAAGAACUAUUCCCUUACUCGGAUCUACAAAAGGAACUACACGAAUUUGCACGAUUUGGCGUUGGUAUGGGCAUCGAAUCUAUCCCGUUUUCGCUCUUGGAAGAACACGAAGUUGCUGAUUUAGACCAGAUCCAGGGAGACACUGCCGUACCAAUCGAAAAUGUUUGGUCGUUAAAAAAUAUAAAAACAGAGGAAGGACGACGCCGACUGGCAGAUAUGUUCAAACAUGCUGAAUCUUGUGGUUAUUUAGACUAGCUUUACACUCUAAGCUAUGACAAGUAUUAAAUGUUAAUUACAGGAAUGAGUGUAAUAAAACAAUAUUUUAACAUUUUUAGCAUUGAAAA